AUGUCUGUGUGUAAAUUACUCUCUCUCUCUCUCUCUCUCUCUCUCUCUCUCUCUCUCUCUCUCGUACUUUUUGCUGAUUCGUUGCAUUCGUUCCUCCGCGUGAUCUUGCCGACCGCUCAAUAUCUCUCUCUCUCUCUCUCUCUCUCUCUCUCUCUCUCUCUCCUUACCUCCCUCUUUUAUAUUUUACUUCUAUCGCUCUUCACUUUGACUUCUCACUCUAUGUAUCUAUCCAUCUAUCUAUCUAAUUCAUUUGAUAUCUAUGCUUCUGGGGUUUUUUUCUCAUUCUUAACAUCAUUAUCUAUCUACCUAUCUAUGUCUGUUCACAUCUAUCUAUCUCAGUCUAUUCAUAUCUAUCUAUCUAUCUAUCUAUCUAUCUAUCUAUCGCAUCUAUCCUACUCUCUCAGUCUGUUCACAUCUGUCUUUAUGCAUGUAUAUAACACACUUUUUGUUACAAUCAACAAUUUUUCUUUCUCCACCCCCGACUGUAUAUGUUUCUUGCUAACUCUUUCUCUAAUUCUGUAUUUCUCUCUCCCUAUCACUCUCUCUCUCCUUGUUUCUCUCUCUCUCUCUCUCUCUCUCCCUGUUUGUAUCGAUAAAUGUGCUGUCCUUUCUUCCUAUUUAGUAAAUAGUUCGAUUCUAUUCACAUCAAUACCGGUGAUUUUCUAUCCAUAA